AUGACUCCCGAAGCUUCGACCACUAAAAAACGUUCUCUCGUUCAGCGGACCACUCCAGCUCCGGACGGCGAUCAUCGCAAGCGCCCCCGUAAUAGAGCAACAAAAUCUUGUCUUAAUUGCUUCAAGUCGAAGAGGAUGUGCGAUAGGAAACGGCCGUGCACCAGAUGCACGCAACUAGGGUUGACCGGCCUCUGUGUGUAUGAGGUGGAUGACCCACAACAAAGCAGCGAUACCCAAGACGAGCAAGCAAGGCUCAAGCGACGAGUCGCGGAGCUGGAAGGCGUGAUCAGGGAGCUGAAAAACAAACCUCAUCCACGCUGGGUGCUUCCUACCUUGAACGGCGAUACAUCAGCGAACCAGUUAUGGCGUCCCCGCUCGCAGAGUGCGCCAACGCGCAAGGGACAGGGGAUGUCGAGCACCGCUGCCGCUCCACUCAAUCAAACCUCGCCCUGCUCCUCUACGUCUUCGCUAUCCCCUCCAAUCUUGGCCGUUGACAUCGCCAACGGUGGCUCAUAUUUUCCGCCGUUCAGUCUCCCAUCUCCCGUCAGCGGUACCCCGUCGCCCUCUGCGCGCACUCCGAUACAGGACUUCCCGCCAGACAUGAACCAUGGUGACGCGGCCGCUCACUUUGGGCUCGACCAAGACUUGGCGUCCCUCUUGGCGGUAUCAUGCCAAGGCUUGGUUGAUGUGCACGAAGGCAUACUCGAGUCCAUGCCAGAUCAUUUCGCGGAAGGAUCAAGCCCGAUGAAUGCCGGGCAUACUCCGAGCGAUAUCGCUUUUCAUGAGCUCUGUGACACUCAGACCGCCAUGCAAGCUCAUUGCGCGUGUUUGACAGAGCCGACGAACUACCACGCGCUGUUGGAACUUUCCUUGCGUCUGCGUCGGGCUGCUGACAUUCUGUCGCGCUCCUCACAUCACUGCUCCGGAUCUUACUGCCAUUUACUCCAGCGUAUCGCGGAGCUUGAUCUCCUCACGACAAAUACCCUCGGGAAUAU